GACCCCAUAAAGUGAGCGUCUUGUUUACUCGAUGAUAUAUGAGCACUUCACUUCGUUUUGAUUAUCAGGCACAAUUACAUAUGAUGGUGGGCGACUCGUAAUGAGCCAUAGGCGAUCUCCGCGCCAACCGUGGAACUGUCGUCUGCUACUAAAGGAAGGCGCGGGAAAUUAAGAACAUAUGCCGUGGAAAGCGUUUUGGGGAGAUAAAAUUCCCAUUAGGUUUCUUCCACUUGCCAGAAUCCUUUGGAAUGAAAAUGUCCACAUUCUUAGUAUUACGUGAAAGGGACUGACGCACUACCACAAAGCCGUGCUUAUCAGUGAAAAUCCCGCGGAAUGGCGGCGGCUGCGAGUCAGCAUGUUGCUUUCUCGGCCCUGGCAGCCGAUUGCAGCAGUGACGCUGAACCUCGAAGAGAAUCGAUACAUAAUUCAGCAUAAACAUUUGGUGAUGUGAAAUUGAUGGCUCACAACAGCAGUACAGCAACGAGGAAGAUCAUGAAUUCGCCAUAAAGCUGGGAUAUGGGCAACCCGUGAUUUUGUGCUCUGACAUUUUCUAGCAUUUUGGAUCUCCCAUGGGGGAAGCAUUGGGAUUCAUCAACAGCGCUUUCAUUUCCGAAUACGUUGACAAUCAACUUUGCGCAUAUGGAUGUUUUAACCCCAAACCAGUGUCAACAAGCAAGCUGCGAGUUUUGAAUAUUUGAAUGGUAAUAUAAAACAACAUGGCUUUUCGAAGACGUCACAAGCGGACUUUGGAUAACGUGUGGUACAUUGCGGGGUCGUGUACGUUGUUUUUCCUCGUUGGAAAUCUCGUAAUGUUUCAGAGCUAUCAUGGAUUCGUCGAAAAUUCUGAUAAACGGAAACAAAAACCAAACGACAUAGAGGACACGUACAAUUCAGACCACUCAGUUUUCGUAAGGGAACUAAGUAACGAGUUGCUGGGUGCCUCCAUUGGUAAUUCUGAAAACAGUCAGUAUUUUGUAUUUGAGGGAAGAAUGAGAAAACUGAUGGGUAAUACUCGAGAUAGUACACACCCUGGAAUCAGACUAACAGUUCCACAUCUAGCUCUUGGUCCUGACGGCUUACCGAGUGUUGCAGACAAUCUUCUGGACUGUGAUCACAUCGAUAACAUCACCGACCAGAAGUACAUAGCAUCGGGGUGGACCAAAGCAGUGUUUAAAGGGAUGUACAAAGGGAGACCAGUCGCGAUUAAAACGGUUGAUGCCGGGGGACAAGAUAUUAAAUCGUGCAUGGAAAAAAUGGUGUCCUUUGAAGAGUGUUACCAGAGAGCAUCCCAUAAGAUCAUCAAGGAAAUACUGGUACUGCAGGCACUUCCUCAUGAAAAUGUCAUAAAGGUGAUUGGCUUCUGCGUUCCCAAGCAACGGUAUAAUGGCGACAGCAAUACAGCCGUCGUCAUGGUAACAGAAUUGGGAGAAACGAUCGAUCUGAUUAAACUUCUCCAGAUGUCUUGGGAAGAUCGAUUAAGGAUAUCCUAUGACGUGACACGACUUCUUCGCUUCUUAUCAAGCAGCCCACUCGGUUCAAUAAGCAUGAACGACUUCCGGCGUCAGCAGUUCGUUCUGGUUUCCGGCCAGCUCAAGUUGUCAGACGUUGAUGACGUCGGUUUUGGAGAGCCUUCGUGUGCCGACGACACCAACUGCAUCGUUCAUUUCUCAAGCGCUAAUUUUACAAAAAGGAUGGCUUGUAUUGAAGGAAAGUGUAUGGGUUAUAAUGAACAGAGAAAUCUGUUCAACGCAGGACGCCACUUCACAACGUUCCUUCUCCCCCACGGUGCCCCAGUUCUCCUAAGACCACACAUAGACCAGCUAGUGGAAGCCUACGAGCAGCUCACAAUGGACUCGGUACAACUAGUGAGCAGACUGGGCAAGGUCGUCGAUAUGUACACGCGGGGCUGGUACCUCAACCGAAGCUCACCACACGAACAGAAACUUGAGUUCACCGUUCACAAAGAAAGUGACCUGCCCGGUCAGUUUGACUACAGAUGUCGCUUCUCCAUGUCCGGAGGGGGUUGUACUCUGUCUGUAUUCGACUCAUUAGAGGCAGAAAGCAUAUGUAACCUCGACCCUGAUUGUAAAGGAUUUGUGAUGACCAAUCAGAAGACAUGGACAGGUCGAAAAAUUGUGCAUUUGAAAAAUGGCAUGGCAAAACCAUCUCGAAAUAAAGAAACAGAUUUAUUUGUUAAACCACCAUGACGUCAUACCACGGAGGUUAAAUUCCUCAUGCCAAAUCUGUGAUAGUUCGGAUGGACAUGCGCCCUUCGUUCCACACUGACCAAUGGUGCUUUCAAGCCGACUCCGAGGAGAACGCUAAGAGACAUCUGCCAAAUGUAUAUUGUUCAUAAUAUAUAACCACACGGAGAGCGAGAUCUUCUAGUGACGUAAGCAGAGAGAAGCCUUGACAAUCAGAGGGAACAUCGUAACAGAAACAGUUGCAGAACAGAUCCUAAAUGAUGUUGGGUGGCCAUGUGAUGCAUUGCAUCAGCAGAGAACAAAUCGUAACCCUAUGACGAAAGCAGGAAGAAUAUCGUACGCCUAUGACGAAAGCAAAGAAAAUGUAAUCCUUUGAGCAAGACAGAAGUGACAAAUAACGGUAAUGGCCGGAGUAGACAUGCCAACAGAAAUUCAUACAAUAUACAGGCUCAUUUUGUUAAAAACUAUAGGUAUAUGAUGAAUGCAUAUAAAUAAGUAAACCAUAAACCCCACAAAAACAUUCAGCUAGUUUUUAGUACAAAUUAUUAUAAAACUUCUUUAUUAAAAUUAUACCACUGUGGUUUCAAAUAAAGAUAAUCAAACAGCUUCAUGAAAGGAUGUCUAGUAAUUACCUCGCCAUGUUGAUUGGAUGCAAAAUGGAGUACUUUAUUGAUGCCUGUUUUUAAUAUUUUAUUGAAAAUAUCUUGUGUGCGAUAAGCAUUAUUAUAAUAUCAAGUCUAUGGACCCGUUCAUACACUUAUGUGGUCUCACAAACCCAGUAAAGUAAGGCAUGGUAAGGCACACUGAUCAAUUGUUUGAUACAAUACCAAGACCACUGUCACAUAAUGUUCUGAGCUAUUGCUCACGUCUACACAAAACUAUAGUCUUCUAGUUAUUUGCGAUAAAGAUCAUAAUAACUAUAUGAUUGUAGUUGUGGGGUUGAGGGUCAUACAGUAUGUUGACCAACUGCUAGUAAACAGGAUGUUGACUAAUGGAAUCGGAAGUUAUGGGCUGAUGCUUCUGACGCUAAACAGUGUGGACUGAAAGUCUUGACCUGAGAGUCUUAGCAUUGGCGUAAAUUUCAUGCAAUUUCUAUUAGAUAAGACGAGACUAUCCGUUUGAUCUUCAACUCCCAGAGUAUUGUGUUUUAAAGAUUAUCAGGGCCAUACUUUGUCUAAAAUAAGCGAUGUAGCCGUACAAAAAGAAUCAUGGCACAGCAAUGGAGGAGGGUUUCUUACAAGUAGACAAAAGGAUCCGAUUCUGUUGUGUAUCGUACGUAUGUAUCUGCAACUUCACUAGUCAUGACGUCCAUUCAGUUCACUAUGUUCCUUCAAGACCAUUGACCAACAACGUGUAUGCUCAGGUUGCAUAACUCAUUACAAUAUAUAUGUAUUUUCUGAAACAUAACCUGCGACUGGCGAAUGAAUCAAGGAUGGUGCUGGAAGCUGAAACACUGUUCUCAAAAAGUUUCGUUAAGAAUGUAAUAGCAGUCCUGUGUAUUGCAAGUGCACGGUUUGUAAAGAUAGCAUAUUUUAUAUUGUGUUAUUGUUUGAAUGUGACAACAGAAUUUUAAUUAGUGUGCGUGUGCGUGUGUGUGGUACCAUGUGAUGAUAAUUCAUUUUCAGUGAGUGGCUAACCAACUAUGUACACUAGGUGACACAAUGACAUGAAACAUAAUUAAGCAUAUGCGCUGUAUUUUCACCAUCAUCGAUUUAAAACAAUGCUCUUCGUGCGCCAUUUCUUGUGUCGUGUACUAUAAAAUUCAGUGCAAUAAUUACAUAUAUUACCAUUUCCUUCAUAACUUGUCAAGUCAAGACAGGAUUUUAAACGAUAAUUAAUGGAGGACCUAUUAAUACUGAAAGUGUGGAAUGGAAAUGUUAUUUAUUCGUAUAGCAAUAUUUAAAAUGACAUAACAGUUUUUAACCUACGGAAAUGUACUGGUUAAUAUAUAAACAUGAACGGGUGGUCUGCAAGAUUAUAUUUUUAAACAUUAAAAACAACCCCACAAUUUGUAACGAGGAACAUUAUUUAAGUAUACCUUUUAAAGGUACUUGAAAAAAACAUUGUCUAAUAUUUGGCUGCUGUUGUUUUGGGUGGGAGUUUUUACAAUAUUGUAAACACUUUAAACUGGCAUGGAAACCAGCUCAAAAUCCGUCUACAAAUCAUUUGUUUUUAAUUUAGCACCACGCCUACUCCAAGACACACCAAGCUACGCAAAGUCUAUCUAGGAGAAGUGUUCACAGACCCAUUAACAUUGAUAAUUGAUUUCAUUCAUUCAUUUCAUUUUUAUACGUUUUUCCUAUUAAUGUUCAAGCACGCUGCCAAGGGCAUACACUUCUGCUAUCUGGGCGCUCUCUUCACGACAGUCAUUAGUGGUUAGUGAUACCGGUCCUCCAUUAAGCCGUUAAAACUAAUUCCGGGUGGGAUCCGGAACCGGGGUGUGAACCCAGUAACUACCAGUCUUAAGGCCGAUGGCUUAGCCAAUACCCUACCUAGGCUGGUAGCUAAUUGAUUUUCUUUUAGUUUAGUCCUGUGCUCAUCGGAAUAUCUGGAGGCAGUACUUUAUUCCGCGUGUUGUCUGCCACUGUGUUUGGAGCACCCAUUACCAACAUCUAUGCAAUGUCACGUCGUUUGAGUGUCCGCGCGUCUUGAUGACUCAUCGGGGCUGGACGCAGCAACCAACGAUGCCGUACACUGGAAACCGCUCUGAAAACCGCUCUGAAAACCUUCAGCAAUGGAAUCAAUUUUCAAAUCGAUAAAACCUGCUAAAACUUUCAGGAAAAUAAUAAGACCAGUCUUGGAGAACUGACGGCGUAACGGAAAUUGGUGUCAGUGCCAGUGUUUUCUUGGCGCCGGCGUGAAGCGGUUGCUGUGACGUUUGGUCACAGUGCACGGGGGAACCCAAGCUUACUCCAGGAAACCGUUUGACAUAUUCGUGCGCGGUUAGGCACUCGUUGUUAAUUAUUUUUACAGACAGAACAAUGCGCCAUUACUGGUCGGACACAAAUCAAAACAAAUUGCCCAUUCAGGUUGCUUACGUCUCAGCAAUACGUCCGUAAUAGUAAGUGACAUUUUAGAAUGGCGUAUUGCCUUUAUAGUCCAAAUGUUCGCACUGGGUUUCCUGCUGCAAAUUUUAUAAUUUGGGUCGUGUCGAACUGUAUAAGAAUAGUAACACAUGAAACUGGUUUCUAAACAAUACUGUGGAGAGGAGAAUUAUUAAUAUUCUUCUUCUUCUCGUUCGGUUUCAUAUGCUCACUAAACCCUGAGAUGUGCUGCAUCAGUGCACUGGAUCGUCAGUUGGAACUCGCCAGAGAUACCCCAUAGGGUUUUUUUUGAUGCUCUUUUGAACACAUGCACAAUAUAAUUACUUGCGUAUCAGUUUUCAUUUCCUUUGUUGUAUUGUGACCAAAUAGGUAAUAAACGUAAAAUUAUUACGUUCGAAUGUUCCACCCAUAUCACGUUGUUUUACUUUCUGGUACCGUUUGAAAUGGAGAACUUUGUUUUGGAAUACAUGUAUAAAUUCAUAAGUGAAAUUGUUACCAGAUGUCAAAAUAAGAAUGACUUAUUUAGAUGUCCAAAAUUUGAAAGAGAGAGACAGACAGGGAGAGAGAGAGAGAGAGAGAGAGGGGGGGGGGGGGGUCUAGAGAGAGACUAGGGGAGACGUGAUUGAAUUGUGUAUGUGUAAACUCGUCUAUUUAUUGAACAUUUAUAUUUUAAAUAAGAACGAAAUAUUUGUCUUGUUUGUUCGUUUGUGUAUUGUGUGUAUUUUACAUGAUAAAACUAAAUAAAAAUGUCCAAAUAUA